UUUUUUUUACAUAAUUUAUUGAUUGUUAUUGGCCAAUUUUUAGCCCCAACUACAGUCCACUGGGGGAUGAAAGUUAACCUAAACGCUUACAAUGCUGUUGCAGGGCAACGCCUGCCAUCUACUGGGCGCAAAUGAAGCAAAAUAGGGCUAAUUUUGUUUUUACAUUUCUGGUAUUAGGCCAGAGGGAGGAGAUGAAUCAGAGCACAGUCUCUCACUGCGACACAGUCAGGUGCCCUGGGAUCAGGAAUGUUUCCUUGAUGUGCACAAAAAGGACAUUUUUAUCUUAAUCAUGUUCCCUUUUUCUGCUUCUUAUGCUGAACAUUUGAUGGAUGGCUAUAUAGCACAAAAGAGAGCUGUCGUGACAAAUAAGUGAUUGCAUAUUACAAAACGAAAGGGACUCAUUGAAACUCUAUCUUGUUAGGUAAGAUCGCUAAAAAAUAAACACUUCUCAUAAGUGUGCACAUGUUUAUAGUUUUCCUUUCGCUGGAACAUUCCAAAAGAGGUUAAAAAACCGUGACACCGUUUAUUUGGGUUGCUGGGAUGCCACUUCAGUCACGGUGAAGUGUAUCUCACUGCAAACAGAUGAUAUCUGUCAAUUUCCUGUAAGAAUAUCACCUGAACGCUCAAAGGGCAACACCAUGAUAGCCAGUGUUAUCUCAAUCAGAGGUCGUAGACCCACAGCGUCUGAAACAACAAGCUCGACUCAACAUGAUGUACGACUCAUUCCUCAUUUGCCUGGACAUGUUGGCAUUUUGACUUUUAAGACAAAAAGGUCUUAGCUAACCACUGUUUGUCCCCACACACACGAGGAGAAGAAAAAUCUAUUCUUCUCUGUGAGCACGUCUGUAUGCAAAUGAGCGUCAACAAUGAACUUAGUAAAUGUCCGCAAGUUUAAGGACCCCCGGCCUCCUCAUCAUUUCUGCUCCUUGAAGUUCAUUGAAAAGCGACAUUGUUUCUUUAAGGUUGCACUCGCAGUCAUCGGCGGGUCUGUCCAUUGUUGGGGGGAACAGAACAGCGAGUUGAGAUUGAUAUACGGGGGCCGGAGACAAGUUGCGCAUAUCAUCAGCGGACCAGCUGCAGUGCGAGCAGCGAGACAGUAGCCGACAAGUCCUUGAACGCAUCUUUCCAGACAUGGGUUGCUAUGAGUGCUGUAUGCGGUGUUUGGGUGGGGUGCCGUACUGUUCCCUUGUUGCCACACUUCUCUGCUUCUCUGGCAUUGCCCUCUUCUGUGGUUGUGGGCACCAGGCACUCACAGAGACAGAGAGGCUCAUCGAGACAUACUUUGCACGUAACCUUCAGGACUACAUAACCCUAGCCUACAUCAUUCAAUAUUUCCAGUAUGUCAUCUAUGGUUUGGCCUCCUUUUUCUUCCUCUACUGCAUUGUGCUUUUGGCCGAGGGCUUCUACACUACGAGCGCUGCAAGGCAAACCUUUGGAGAGUUCAGGAGCACCAUGUGCGGCCGCUGCCUCAGCUCCUCGUUUAUAGUGAUGACGUAUGUGCUCGCUGUGCUGUGGCUGCUGGUGUUUGCCUUCUCGGCAUUGCCAGUCUACUUCUUCUACAACAUGGACGCUACCUGCCACACUAUUGAUAUUCUGACUGAGACCCCAGCAAGUAUCAACCAGCUUUGUGUUGAUGCGAGACAGUACGGACUCUUGCCAUGGAAUGCAGUACCAGGGAAAGCUUGUGGUAUGACCCUGUCCAGUGUCUGCAAGACAAGAGAAUACCGCAUGACCUACGACCUCUACAUCGCUGCCUUUGCCGGCGCUGGCAUCACGCUCCUGGCUCUGCUGACCUAUACUAUGUCAACCACCUAUAACUUUGCCGUUCUGCGGUAUCUGGGGAGAAAGGGCAUAGGUGCACGGUGUUAGGACCCAGCUUCCUGUCUUUUCUGGCUUCACCACGAACAUGGGAGUUUAAAUCGAUGGCAACUCUUCUUUUUUUAUGUGAUGUGCACACUACUACGUCUGCUCCUGGAUUAAUUUUUUUCUAAACUUGUUAUAUUUUUACUUUUCUUAUUAUAAGGAAGUUUUUUUUUUAAUGGUUUUAUGUUUUUUUUUUUUUUUGUGGGUGUAAUUUCUGCUUUGAAAUCGUACUUUCAUUUUUUCUGAUGUUUUUCAAUCUGUGCCAAAAUAUUUGUGAAUUAUUGCUCUUGUUACUUGCCAAGUUCAAUGUUUGAAAUGAAUUUCUGCCUCCCGCUGUACUCACAAAUAACACAACUUUAACAAAUUACCAUAUGUAUUAAAUGACCACUAAAUUAGAAGAUGUGCAGGUAGUUUGCAGCUGUUAAUAAGAAUUGGGGAUUAGAGGUUACUAUGGCUACCAACCAUCACAUCUGGCUGCCAUGGUAGCAGACAAGCAUGCACUUGCGGUCUUAUGCUGACCUCCCGGACUUUUCUCACGGGCCGGAGAAAAGCUCCAACAAUGGAGUCAUGUCUUUUUUAAAAGCUAACCAAUAAGAAGCCAGUUCUGGGGCCACCUGCACCAUUACUCUCUGCCAGGGGUGAUAUUGCAUGUCAAGGGACAGGGUCCUCUGGACAAAGAGAGGGUCAGACCUCUCCAGAGCCACAAUGUAGCUGUUCUGGGACAGCAACAACACACACAUACAACUCGUCCACAUGCUGCUGCAUGGACCCCACCCCCAACACCAACACCAUGUAAAAUGGAUUCAUGGUGAAGGGACAAAGGGGAAUUUUAUUUUGAAUAGUUUCUUAUUGACAAAGGGACAAUUUGUUUUUGUUUAGAUCUAGUGAGGUCUGAAAUUGUUUCUCAUAAUGUUGAGAUGGCAGAAGCACUAGGUGCUUAUACUUGAAGUAACCUCAUAAUAUAAGCCCAAAACCACUUUGUUGAGGUGUGAUACCCCCUGCUGGUAAUGAAUGGCUGAGGUACUUAAAUAGAAAAAGGACAGGUUUGUUUUGUGUCUAAUUCUUUAGGGAUUUUUGUUGUAGUUAUUGUAUAACACUUGUUUUUCACUUAAUGUAGCUUUUUUUUUUUUUAACAUCUGGAUAUUCCUAACAAAACCUUUUGAAUCCUAAAAAGUAGACUUAGUGGAAGCUUAGCAUAGCUUCUAAUAUUGGAUUUGUCAUGUUGCAGCAGUUUCAUUUUCAUAUGUCAGUAAUAUUUAAUUUAAAAAGAAGAAGAAUGCUUUGAACUGUUUGUACACAUGGCCUCUGAAAACAUUUGUUUGUAGACUUUAUGAAACCUCAGUGUCUGGUGUAUUAUCAGAAUGUGAAGCUGAUGGUUCAUCCUUGGCUUUUUGCCACAUUAGGAGGCCAAGGUGUUUUGUAAGGUGUUUUGUAUUCUCUCCUCGUGUGUCCACAGGUGCACGGUUCCCUUCACUUGGCUGUGUACCAAGUCUACCUGAAGAUGCUACGACACAGGGCAAAAAAUGAGGAGAGAGGUUACGACCUGUAUAGGAGACUGCAGAGGGACAGAGGAGGGAUACUGCGCUCUCCGUACUCUGAGAACAACCUGUCUGACACCUUGUGAAAGGACAUUUUGUAGUAGUUUUGCUAACAAGCUUUCUGCAAUAACUGUAACACCAGAGCGUAUCAACAAAUGACACUGUUUUGUAGAUUGUUCCACUUUAAUAAUAUUGUAGAGGCAUAUUUCAACAGUUGGGGCAUGAUACAAAAGCAGGGUUUUUUUCUUAGCCAAGCAUUACAACUUCGUAUUUAUCCUUAUUUCAACACAAUGUGCUGCAUGUGAAUAAUUUCUAUAGAUUAUGUACUUUUUCCUUAAAAUGUACUUUUGAAGGCAAACGUGAAGAUUUUCUUUCCUGCCUCAAUUUAAUUUGACAGUAUGCAGCGGAUCCUUCUAUUGAAGGGAAAAUAAAAAUGUAGCACAUGG